AUGUUAAUUUUGCUGAUAUUUGUGGUGGCAUUUUUCUUACUUCUAUGGAAAUGGCUCGAUAUUCGGUCUAUAAAUGAGAUCAAAAAUAUUACUCGUCUUCUGUCUGCCGGCAACAACCAGCACACCCUAUCAAACGUUUUUCAGGUGGAUGAGAAUUCGAAAAAUCAUGGUGGCGAGCUCGUAGCUUCCGUUCUAAAGUCUCAUGAUGUUCAAGAAAUUUUCGUUUUGUGUGGUGGUCACAUAUCGCCCAUUCUUGUCGCAGCUGAGAAGCUCGGUAUCAAAAUCAUUGAUACGCGCCAUGAGGUCACGACUGUUUUUGCGGCUGAUGCCGUGGCCCGUUUGCGUCAAUCUAUUGGCGUCGCUGCUGUGACAGCCGGUCCUGGUUUGACGAACACCAUCACUGCUGUGAAGAAUGCACAGAUGGCGGAAAGCCCCUUGUUGCUCAUUGGUGGCGCAGCUCCCACAUUGCUUAAAGGUCGUGGUGCUUUGCAG